GGUUCCAAAGCAAAUCAUUUGCAGGGACAUAAGAACUCAGGCAAAAGACUGACUUACUGAGCAACACAAUGAGGAUCGCACUUGCACUCCUGUUGGGGCUUGUUAGCUGUUGCUUUACUCCUGCCAUUUCAAACUGCAUUAGGGAUGAAAAUAAUGAAGAGAAAGGACUGGACUGCAUAAAAAAAUCUUUGAAAGAAAAUAAACAACAAACUGCAAGUGCUAUUGCUGCAUUCCUGUGUGCAUUUAUGGAUUCAAAAGACCAAGAUGAACAAACCAAAGCCUACCAAAAUCUUCAGAAUGAUAUAGGCUGUACCUUUGCUGAUCCUCGGGCAUCUGACAAAUCUUUGAAAACUGAGUUAAAUGCACCUCAAUACAGUUUCUUGAGGAAGAUCAUCAAGCUGAUGAACACUUCUGAUUCGCAGUCUGAAACUACACCCGAUUGUGGACCCUGGGGACUCCUUUUGUCUAAUGUUGAGAAAAAACUGAAUUCACUGGCUACUUCUCCGGAAGACAUGCAAACUGCACAAGGACUACAAGGAAAUGAAAGACAUGCUCGAGCAGCUGAUUUGCUAGGAAGCCUAGGAGGCCUAGGAGGGGUUGCAGGUGGCCUAGGAGGGGCUGCUGGAAUUGCAGGAGGAGCUUCAUUACCCUUGGGAGCAAUUACAGGAGGCCUAGGAGCUGCAGCAGGGAUUACAGGAAGCCUUGGAGGGGCUACAGGAAUGCUAGGAGGGGCUACAGGAAUGCUAGGAGGGGCUACAGGAAUGCUAGGAGGGGCUACAUCACCAUUGGGAAUGCUUACAGGAGGCCAAGGGGCUACAGGAAUGCUAGGGGGGGGAGGAGCUAAUGGAAUGUUAGGAGGGGCUACAGGAAUCCUAGGAUCACCGGGCUGUUCAGGGGCGGGUUCUGACCCUAUUGGAUCUCUGGUAGCAAGGCUUUCAAUUUCAGUAUCAGUUUUAGAGAAACUGUUAAAUACCCUUACUAACCUUUUAGGAGGGCUAGGAGUUUUGACAAGUGGGAUUGGAGGACUGGCAGGUGGGCUUGGAGGACUGGCAGGUGGGCUUGGAGGAGUGGCAUCAUUGGCAGGUGGGCUUGGAGGAGUGGCAUCAUUGGCAGGUGGGCUUGGAGGAGUGGCAUCAUUGGCAGGUGGGCUUGGAGGAUUGGCAUCAUUGACAGGUUGACUGUCACCAAUGACAUCAGUGCUUGGCUAACAUCUAGUUAACUGAACAGAGAAAUUACUAUUCUCUUCAAUCACAGAAUGAAGAUAAAGAAUUCAAAUCAACUGCAUAUUAUUCCAUGUCAUAAUUACUUCUGAUUUUUAUAUGUAGAAAAUUAAAAAAUGUAAUCUUUAGCAAACAAAAAUUAAUUAAAAAAACUAUUUGAUGCA